ACGCCCCCCGCGCCCGCCCGAGGCUGCCACUCCAAAGCCAGCCCGGCGCGCCCGGUUCCGCUGAAGAAGCGCGGAUACGAUGUCACCAGGAACCCGCAUCUCAAUAAGGGUAUGGCCUUUACCCUUGAAGAAAGGAUACAGCUUGGAAUCCACGGCCUAAUCCCUCCCUGCUUCCUGAGCCAGGAUGUCCAGCUCCUCCGGAUCAUGAGAUCCUACGAGCGGCAGCAGAGUGACCUGGACAAGUACAUCAUCCUCAUGACACUCCAAGACCGGAACGAGAAGCUCUUCUACAGAGUGUUGACCUCAGACGUGGAGAAGUUCAUGCCGAUCGUCUACACACCCACCGUGGGGCUGGCUUGUCAGCAGUACGGCCUGGCCUUCCGCAGGCCCCGUGGGCUGUUUAUCACCAUUCAUGACAAGGGACACAUCGCAACGAUGCUAAACUCUUGGCCAGAAGACAAUAUUAAGGCCGUGGUGGUGACGGAUGGGGAACGCAUACUGGGUUUGGGAGACCUGGGCUGCUACGGCAUGGGCAUCCCGGUGGGAAAGCUGGCCCUGUACACUGCGUGUGGGGGCGUGAACCCGCAGCAGUGCCUCCCUGUCCUGCUGGACGUCGGCACCAACAACGAGGAGCUGCUCAGAGACCCUCUGUAUAUCGGCCUGAAGCACCAGCGCGUGCGUGGGAAAGACUAUGAUGAGCUGCUAGAUGAGUUCAUGAAGGCUGUAACAGACAAGUUUGGAAUAAAUUGCCUCAUCCAGUUUGAAGACUUUGCCAAUGCCAACGCCUUCCGCCUGCUCAACAAAUACCGCCACGAGUACUGCAUGUUCAAUGAUGACAUCCAGGGCACAGCCUCUGUAGCUGUGGCAGGCAUCCUGGCUGCUCUGCGAAUCACCAAGAAUAAGCUCUCCAACCAUGUGUUCGUUUUCCAAGGUGCGGGUGAGGCAGCGAUGGGCAUCGCGCACCUCCUCGUCAUGGCUCUAGAGAAAGAAGGCAUCCCCAAGGCAGAGGCCACCAAGAAGAUCUGGAUGGUGGACUCCAAGGGGCUCAUCGUCAAGGGAAGGAGCCACCUGAACCAUGAGAAAGAGCUGUUUGCCCAGGACCAUCCUGAAGUGAAGUCCCUGGAGGAGGUGGUGAGGCUGGUGAAGCCCACGGCCAUCAUAGGUGUUGCUGCCGUCGCAGGAGCCUUCACGGAGCAGAUUCUGAGGGACAUGGCCUCCUACCAGGAGCGCCCCAUCAUCUUUGCCCUGAGCAACCCCACCAGCAAGGCCGAGUGCACAGCCGAGAAGUGCUAUCGGGUCACUGAGGGCCGGGGGAUCUUUGCCAGUGGAAGUCCUUUUCAGAGUGUAACCCUGGACGACGGCAGGACCUUCAUUCCUGGGCAAGGAAACAACGCCUAUGUGUUCCCCGGCGUGGCGCUGGGAGUCAUCGCCGGCAGGAUCCGGCACAUCCCAGAAGAGCUCUUCCUCCUCACGGCUGAGCAAAUUGCCCAGGAGGUCUCUGAAGAGCACCUGGCCCAAGGGAGACUGUACCCACCCCUCAGCACCAUUCGAGAUGUGUCUCUGAGAAUCGCCAUCAAAGUCCUUGACUACGCGUACAAGCACGACCUGGCUUCCUCCUACCCAGAGCCCCAGGACAAGGGGGCCUUUGUGCGCUCCCUGGUCUACACUCCAGACUAUGACUCGUUUACGUUGGACAGCUACACAUGGCCCAGGGACGCCAUGAAUGUUCAGACGGUUUGAUGCGGGCCUGAUGGAGCCCAAAGUGGCACCAACAAUAUAAAUGGGUUCCAAAAUGGU